AUGGCAUCAAUGUGGAAGUCAGAGGACAAUUUGUGUAGUUUGUUCUCUACUUCCACUGUGACUGUUAGGGAUGAACUUGCAUCCUCAGGCUUGGAGGCUAGUGCUGAGCCCAACACUGGCCUUAGGCUCUUUAGGCACAUCCCCGAUGCCUUUUCAAAUGAAAGUGAAGUAGCACUUGGAAAGUUAUGUAAUCGGGUGAAGCACAAGUCUUUUCUAACAGCCGAAGACUGCUUUGAGUUGGGCAAAGUGGCAUAUACAGAAGCAGAUUAUUACCACACAGAACUGUGGAUGGAACAAGCACUAAUGCAGCUGGAGGAAGGAGAGGUCUCUACCAUUGACAAAGUCUCUGUUCUAGAUUAUUUGAGCUAUGCAGUAUACCAGCAGGGAGACCUGGAUAAGGCACUCUUGCUUACAAAGAAGCUUCUUGAACUAGAUCCUGAACAUCAGAGAGCUAAUGGUAACUUAAUAUAUUUUGAGUAUAUAAUGAGUAAAGAAAAAGAUGACAAUAAGUCUGCUUCAGGUGACCAAUCUGAUCAGAAAACUACACCAAAGAAAAAAGGGAUUGCUGUGGAUUACCUGCCAGAGAGACAGAAGUACGAAAUGCUGUGCCGUGGGGAGGGUAUCAAAAUGACUCCUCGGAGACAAAAAAAGCUGUUUUGCCGCUACCAUGAUGGAAACCGGAAUCCUAAGUUUAUUCUGGCUCCAGCCAAACAGGAGGAUGAGUGGGACAAGCCUCGUAUUAUUCGUUUCCAUGAUAUUAUUUCCGAUGCAGAAAUUGAAACUGUCAAAGAUUUAGCAAAGCCAAGGCUGAGCCGAGCUACAGUACAUGACCCUGAGACGGGGAAAUUGACCACAGCACAGUACAGAGUAUCUAAGAGUGCUUGGCUGUCUGGCUAUGAAGACCCUGUGGUGUCUCGAAUUAAUAUGAGAAUACAAGAUCUCACAGGACUGGAUGUUUCAACAGCAGAGGAAUUACAGGUAGCAAAUUAUGGAGUUGGAGGACAAUAUGAACCUCAUUUUGACUUUGCAAGGAAAGAUGAGCCGGAUGCUUUUAGAGAGCUUGGGACAGGAAAUAGAAUUGCUACAUGGCUGUUUUAUAUGAGUGAUGUGUCUGCUGGAGGCGCCACUGUUUUCCCUGAAGUAGGAGCCAGUGUUUGGCCCAAAAAAGGUACUGCUGUCUUCUGGUAUAAUCUGUUUGCCAGUGGUGAAGGAGAUUACAGUACACGGCAUGCAGCCUGUCCCGUGCUAGUUGGAAACAAAUGGGUAUCCAACAAAUGGCUCCAUGAACGUGGACAAGAAUUCCGAAGGCCAUGCACCCUGUCAGAACUGGAAUGACAGACAGUCUCCCUGCCCCUGUUGUCCUCUAAUGCGCCAGGCACGAUUGUGGGUCAUAACUUUUGGGAAGUUUACAGAUCACUAACACUCCACGGUUAACUCAGUCAUGAACCUCAUCCCAUGUUUUGUCUGCGGACAAUCACUUGUGUAUUUUUUUUUUUAAUUAACACUCAGUCACCACAUUAUGUCAAACUUUACAGUUCAGUUGUUAUCACAGGAUACAGACAUUUAAAAUGAGGAGUCCUAUAUCUGUUUUUGGUUAUUAUUAUUUUUUUUUUUAAUGAGCAUCCAGUUGAAGACAUUAUGACAUCUCAGUAGGGUGGGACAGGCAAGGCUGUGUCCUGGCAUGCAGAUGCCUGUACAUCUGUUCUUCCCUUGCUGUACUUUUUGGGUUGCUGAGUACUAGUAAGAAACUAGGACCUUAGUCUGGGUCAUUGGGUUUUGCCCCUUCAUCUGUUAUUCCACAUUCAUAUUAUUAUUUAAAGAAACUGUAUUUGGUUUGAGAAAAUUACUUUGUUCAAAAGUCCUGCAGAAAUGGCCUUUACAACUAAAAUGCUCAGACUUAGACAUUUUCUCAAGUGACUGAUGUGUCCAGAGACUGCUGUUCCAAGUGACAGUGCCCUGCCUUGUAUUCCAGCUGCAGCAGGCCGCGAUGCUGGCAUUCUGAUGAAAUACUGUGCCUUAGGAGACUGGGAGUUAGGAAAUGUACAGGUCCUUGUAAUGACGGAGUUGAUUUUUUAAAAGGAAAUGUUCUAUAAAAAGCCAAAAUGUUUGACUUUUUUCCAUUCUGAAAUGUGUUAUAACAAUGACCUAUUUAUGAUCUUAAAUCUUUUUUUUAAAAAAAGUCUCUGUGUGGUAAUUCUCAUGUUUAAAUCCAAAUGUAAAAUACAGUGCUGCUUGUAGUUAAUACUAAUUUACUCCUUUACAGGGCUGAGAUUUAAUAUUCGUGGUUAAACAUUUAGUUAAUCAAAACAUGUUUCUUUGUAUAGCUUGCCUGGCCUGCUCCAGACUCCUGAGACAUUAACAGAAAGUGAACUUUUCUUCAAAGAUGGUCAUACUUUGG